CGCCGGCUCGCGGCGCGUGGACCGUGCUCUGCGUCGCGCGCGUCCGAACGGCUACGGGUUCCGGCGGCGGCCCGUGGAGCUCGCGAGCCAUGUCGUGGCUCUUCGGCAUCAAGGGCCCCAAGGGCGAAGGCGCGGGGCCGCCGCUUCCGCUGCCGCCCGUGCAGCCCGGGGCCGAGGGCGGCGGGGACCGCGGCGCGGGGGACCGGACUGGGCCCAAGGACAAAUGGAGCAACUUCGACCCGACGGGCCUGGAGCGCGCGGCCAAGGCGGCACGCGAGCUGGAGCACUCGCGACACGCCAAGGAGGCGCUGAGUCUGGCACAGAUGCAGGAGCAGACGCUUCAGCUGGAGCAUCAGGCCAAGCUCAAGGAGUAUGAGGCCGCCGUGGAGCAGCUGAAGGGCGAGCAGGUCCGGGUGCAGGCCGAGGAGCGGAGGAAGACCCUGAGUGAGGAGACGCGGCAGCACCAGGCCAGGGCCCAGUACCAGGAUAAGCUGUCCCGGCAGCGCUAUGAGGACCAGCUGAAGCAGCAGCAACUUCUCAACGAGGAGAACUUACGGAAGCAGGAGGAGUCCGUGCAGAAGCAGGAGGCCCUGCGGCGAGCCACCGUGGAGCGGGAGAUGGAGCUUCGGCACAAGAACGAGAUGCUGCGGGUGGAGGCCGAGGCGCGUGCCCGGGCCAAGGCUGAGCGCGACAAUGCUGACAUCACCCGCGAGCAGAUCCGCCUGAAGGCUGCUGAGCAGCGCCAGACCAUCCUGGAGUCCAUCAGGACGGCUGGCACCGUGUUUGGUGAAGGAUUCCAGGCCUUUGUGACAGACUGGGACAAAGUGACAGCCACGGUGGCUGGGCUGACGCUGCUGGCCGUCGGCAUCUAUUCCGCCAAGAACGCCACGUCGGCCAUAGGGCGCUACGUGGAGACGCGGCUGGGGAAGCCGUCCCUGGUGCGGGAGACCUCUCGAAUCACGGUGCUGGAGCUGCUGAGGCACCCUGUGCAGGUCAGCAGGCGGCUCCUCAGUAAGCCUCAGGACGCAUUGGAGGGCGUCGUCCUCAGCCCCAGCCUGGAGGCUCGUGUGCGGGACAUCGCCAUUGCCACGAGGAACACCAGGAAGAACAGGAGUGUGUACCGGAACAUCCUGAUGUAUGGGCCACCUGGGACGGGCAAGACACUGUUUGCCAAGAAACUCGCGCUGCACUCAGGCAUGGACUACGCCAUCAUGACGGGUGGGGAUGUGGCCCCCAUGGGGCGGGACGGCGUGACCGCCAUGCACAAGGUCUUUGACUGGGCCAACACCAGCCGGCGAGGCCUCCUGCUCUUCGUGGACGAAGCAGAUGCCUUUCUCAGGAAGCGAGCGACUGAGAAGAUCAGCGAGGACCUCAGGGCCACCCUGAACGCGUUCCUGCACCGGACAGGCCAGCACAGCAGCAAGUUCAUGCUGGUCCUGGCCACCAACCAGCCCGAGCAGCUGGACUGGGCCAUCAACGACCGCAUCGGCGAGAUGGUCGGCUUCGAGCUGCCGCGGCGAGAGGCGCGGGAGCGCCUGGUGAGGCUGUAUUUUGACAAGUAUGUUCUUAAACCAGCCACAGAAGGAAAGCAGCGCUUGAAGCUGGCCCAGUUUGACUACGGGAAGAAGUGCUCAGAGAUCGCACAGCUGACAGAGGGCAUGUCGGGCCGGGAGAUCUCCCAGCUUGCUGUGGCGUGGCAGGCCAUGGCGUAUGCCUCUGAGGAUGGGGUCCUCACCGAGGCCAUGAUGGACGCCCGGGUCCAGGAUGCCAUCCAGCAGCACAAGCAGAAGAUGCAGUGGCUGAAGGCAGAGGGGAGCCGGCCCCUGCUCCCAAGUUCACAGGCCGAGUGAGCCGGGCCUGGACACCUGCAGCACGCUGACCAGGUGCCCCAGCUCCCAGCGGACGUGGUGACACCACACAGCCGCCCCCCUCCCGGCGUGUGUAACCUUCCUCUGGUCAGGCCCAGGGCGGCAGGGCAGCAUUAAAGGCCUCUGCUCAGGACCAGCUGCGCGGUGCAGCCUUGAGGUGGGGUUGGUUCCCCUGACCCCGCAGCCGCCCCCAGGACACUCCUGGGAGACAUGUCCCUCCAAGCCCGGCCCAGACGGGGAGCAGGCACUGUCCGCCAUGCCCGGGGCAGCGGCCAAGCUGGCAGCACAGCGUCCCAGGCAGAUGCUGGCUGCUGCAGCAGUGACCAGCAGUAGGGGGCCCGGCCAAGGACCUGACCUUGCCCAGUCCCUCCCAGGGCCAGACCCGAGCCCAUGAUGAGCAGAGCUGACCUCUGUGCAGCCCAGCUGUCCUCGGGAGGGCAGUGCCCUUGAGGUCUGUGAACCCAUAAAGCCGGGUGCCAAGAACCAGCCCAGCGACCCGCGAUGGCCAAGGAUGUGUGGAGCGGGGGGGACUGCCAGCCCACAGAAGGCGAAGUUCUCCCGGAUUGGAAUUGGGGGUCUUUUUAUCCAGAAUCUAAUAAAAACUGACAGAUA